CCCUCCACAGGCGAAAAGCAAAGGAAAAAUCCAAUUCUCGUUGCAUAUUGAAAACAAGCUAAAUUUGACACGAAGUGUUUAAGUUGAAGAGACAGCAAUGGAAGCUAUCAAGCUUGGAUUGCUCAUUUUAUGUACGUUGCUUGCAAUAUUUCCAACCCUGAAUGCUCACAUUGCCGAUUUUGAUGAGGUGUGGCAGCGGCGAGAGGAAGAAGCCAAGAAGGCCGCCGUCAAAGCCUACCAACGAAAUCCCGAGGAAGUCACCGAUCAUUUUAACGAUCAAGUCCACAAGGACUUCGAAGGUGGCAAUAGCACAAGGAGAAGUUUAGGCAAACGAAGAAGCAUGUGUCAGGCUACAAACCCAAUUGAUCGAUGCUGGAGAUGCCACAAAAGCUGGGGUAAGCACCGCAAGAGGCUACCCAAUUGUGUCAUAGGCUUUGGCCGUGGGACAACCGGAGGCAAGGCUGGGAAACUCUAUGUGGUCACAGAUGCAUCGGACAACGACAUGGUGAACCCUAAACCGGGAACGCUGCGGCACGCAGUGAUCCAACCUGCGCCACUCUGGAUCAUAUUUGCACACAGCAUGGAAAUUAGGCUAAACCAAGAGCUUAUGGUGACAAGUGACAAGACUAUCGAUGGACGUGGGGCUAGAGUGCACAUUUGCAAUGGUGCUCAAAUUACCCUUCAGUUUGUGAAAAAUGUGAUAAUCCAUGACCUCCACAUCCACGACAUAAAGAAAGGGAACGGUGGCCUAGUCAGAGACGCGGUUGAUCACUAUGGCUUUCGCACGGAGAGUGAUGGUGAUGGCAUCUCUAUUUUUGGAUCGUCAAAUAUUUGGAUUGAUCAUAUUUCAAUGUCAAAUUGCCAGGAUGGACUAAUUGAUGCCAUUCAGGGAUCCACGGCCAUCACCAUCUCCAACUGCCACUUCACCAAACACAAUGAGGUGAUGUUGUUUGGCGGAAGCAAUAUAUUCAAAGGUGAUAAACUCAUGCAGAUAACUCUUGCUUUCAAUCACUUCGGUCAGGGAUUGGUGCAAAGGAUGCCAAGAUGCCGAUUUGGGUUUGUCCAUGUUGUAAACAACGACUACACUCAUUGGCUCAUGUAUGCCAUUGGUGGUAGCCAAGAUCCUACCGUUCUUAGCCAGGGUAACCGGUUUAUCGCUCCUCCCAUCGCAGCUUCUAAGGAGGUGACGAAGAGGGACUAUGCAUCUGAGAGUGAGUGGAGGAAAUGGAAUUGGAGAUCAGAGGAGGAUUUGUUGAUGAAUGGAGCCUUCUUUGUCCAAUCUGGAAGGCAAAUAGGAAAGAUGCACAGGAAAGAAGUAAUCAAAGCAAAGCCAGGGAAGUUUGUGAGAAGGCUCACGCGCUUUGCAGGUGCUCUUAACUGCGUCGAGCAUAAGCUAUGUUAAGAUAAAUAUGCAUGUACAUUUAUAGGGAAUUCAAACUGAACCCUGCAGUUAAAGCAGAGGUUGUAGCAGCAGAACUAAGAGCAAAUGGACAUAGCAUAAUCACUCUUAUUGUUUUUGUAGUUUCUAUUUUGGGUGAGAGAUGAGAGAACAAAAAAGAAUGGAAUUGGGAUAAGGGGGAAGAAAAAUGUAAAGAUACUAUUGGCUAGUGCUACUUUUUUGUAAUAACAAAGAUAGUUCAAUAACACUCUUGUGAUAUGACUUUCAUACUAUUUUUCAUACUCUAGAUACAAACUAUCUACGCCCAUCUCGGAAAGAAAGAUUCUUAUAGCUCAUACAGGGGAACAUUACGAGAUUAACUUAAAGGAGUAAUGCAACAUUUAUAUAACCUAUUCCCUUGUUAGUUUCAUUUUAUUCACAGCAUCCAUAUGCAGACACUGUAUGCAGUAGAUUUACAAAGAACUUGAAAUAUAAAUUUUGAACAAGCCAAUGUGGCAAGAAGAUCGAAACCUGCCA